AUGUCUUCUUUUCUUCCUGCCACAACAGACUCGAUUGCUCUGGCAUUGGAAGCUAAAGACCCAUCUGAGGGCAUCUCCAUUCUUUAUCGUGUACUUGGGGAUCCUUCUUCUUCCCCAGAAGCUCUGCGCAUGAAAGAGCAGGCCAUAACAAACCUCACCGAUCUUCUCAGGCAAGAGAAUAGGGCGGAAGAUCUGCGCAGCCUUCUCACUCAGUUGAGGCCAUUCUUUUCCUUGAUUCCCAAGGCAAAGACUGCAAAGAUUGUGAGAGGAAUAAUUGAUUCUGUUGCUAAAAUACCAGGAACAUCUGAAUUACAAAUUUUACUCUGCAAAGAAAUGGUGCAAUGGACUCGCGAUGAAAAGCGUACCUUUCUGAGGCAGCGAGUCGAGGCAAGGCUUGCUACUCUUCUGAUGGAAACUAAGGAAUACUCACAAGCUUUGACUCUCCUUAAUGGCUUGGUCAAAGAGGUUAGGAGACUAGAUGACAAGCUCCUUCUUGUAGACAUAGACUUGCUUGAAAGCAAGCUUCACUUCUCCUUAAGAAAUCUCCCCAAAGCAAAAGCUGCUCUCACAGCCGCAAGAACAGCUGCAAAUGCUAUUUAUGUUCCACCUGCUCAACAAGGUGCCAUAGAUUUGCAGAGUGGAAUUCUUCAUGCUGAAGAGAAGGAUUACAAAACUGCAUAUAGUUAUUUCUUUGAAGCUUUUGAGUCUUUCAAUGCUCUUGAAGAUCCUAAAGCUGUCUUUAGCCUAAAAUACAUGUUGCUGUGUAAGAUCAUGGUUAGUCAAGCUGAUGAUGUGGCUGGAAUCAUAUCUUCUAAAGCAGGCCUGCAAUAUGUUGGACCUGACUUGGAUGCGAUGAAAGCUGUUGCAGACGCUCAUUCCAAAAGAUCCCUGAAAUUAUUUGAAACUGCUUUGCGAGACUUCAAAGCACAGUUGGAGGAAGAUCCAAUUGUUCAUAGGCACCUGUCAUCCUUGUAUGACACCCUUCUGGAGCAGAAUCUCUGCAGAUUGAUUGAACCAUUCUCAAGGGUUGAGAUUGCACAUAUUGCUGAACUUAUUGAGCUUCCCAUUGAUCACGUGGAACGGAAGAUGUCUCAGAUGAUUUUGGACAAGAAGUUUGCUGGGACAUUGGAUCAGGGUGCUGGAUGCCUUGUUAUCUUUGAUGACCCUAAAACUGAUGCUAUAUACCCUGCAACUUUAGAAACCAUUUCUAAUGUUGGGAAAGUUGUGGACAGUCUCUUUGCUAGGUCUGCCAAGAUUAUGACAUGA